GUGAAAACAGAGCACAGAGAAACACCAGCAGUUCCAACCUGAGCAGCCCUCCUGGGAAGAUGCAGCCACCCCUGCUCGUGCUCCUGCUGGCCUUUUUCCUGCUCCCCUCGGCAGAGGCAGGGGAGAUCAUCGGGGGACAUGAAGCCAAGCCCCACUCCCGACCCUACAUGGCCUACCUUCACAUUGAAGAUGAGGAGGAGGAGUCCAUGUGUGGCGGUGUCCUUGUGCAAAAGAACUAUGUUCUGACAGCUGCUCACUGCAAUGGAAGGUCAAUCAGUGUCACCCUGGGGGCCCACAACAUCAAAAAGCAGGAGAAGACCCAACAGGUCGUCCUGGUGAAAAGAGCCAUCCCGCACCCAAAGUAUAAUAAGAGGAAAGGCUCCUAUGACAUCAUGUUACUGCAAAACAUCAAGCAAACUGAUGCUGUGAAGCCCCUCCCACUGCCCAGGAGCAAGAACACGUUGAGGCCAGGACAGAAGUGCACUGUGGCCGGCUGGGGGCGGGUCACACAGAGGGGCCCUGGCUCAGACACUCUGCAGGAGGUAGAGCUGACCCUGCAGGCGGAUUUGAAGUGUAAAAGGCGCUUUAACCAUUACAACAAGAACAUUGAACUGUGUGUGGGGAACCCAGGAGAAAAUAAGACUACCUUUCAGGGGGACUCCGGGGGGCCUCUCCUGUGUAGAAAUGGGAUCCAGGGCAUUGUCUCCUCUGGAAGCAAGUAUGGGGAACCCCCAGUGGUCUACACCAAAGUCGCCAGUUUCCUUCCCUGGAUAAGAGAGACCAUGAAAAGCCUCCAACUGCAAGACCCAGACCAUCUUCUCUGGAGCUAUACAGGACCGCACUGCAGGAGGGAGGUGGUGCCAGCAACUGAAUAA